AAAUUCGCAUGGUGUCAGUGCACACCAAAAAUUCGGACCUGACGAAGCAUCGUGUGUUGGCAGUUUCAUUCGCUCUCUCCAUCAGAUCGGUAAGAACGCCGUGGACAUUGCCUUCACAUUCGCCAAGAGAGCUACCUGCUUCGUACGUAAGGAUUUUCUAACAUAAACCAUGAUUUUUAUGGUCAACGCUUACGUUAGUUAUGGGUCAAAAUUUUAGAGUGGAACAUCUUUAAACGCCGUUUUAAUUUCGUGCAAAAUGCAACAAAGGGCACGUUCGUCAUGGCGCCACAGACUUAUAUUAAUGGCUUUGGGAAUGCUGCUUUGGAGAGAGGUAUGCGCGCAAAUACGAUAUUCUCUUUCUGAGGAGCAAAAAGAAGGAUCUGUGGUUGGAAACCUUGCAAAGGAUUUAGGUCUCGAUACGAGAACUUUAAAGGAGAGAGGAUUUCGGAUCGUUUCAACCUCAGGCGACUCGCUGUUCACGGUAAAUCAGAAUGACGGGAUUUUAAGUGUACAUGGGAAAAUAGAUCGCGAGGAGGUGUGCGAGAAAAGCGGCUCGUGUGUCAUCAAUCUAAAAAUCGCACUAGAUAACCCUUUAGAGAUCCACUACGUGUCGAUCGAAAUUGUGGACGUCAAUGAUCAUGCCCCGACCUUCCCGGAAAAAGAAAAGCGGCUGGAAAUAUCGGAAUCAGCCUUACCUGGAGCUCGGUACCAAUUACAGGCUGCGCGGGAUCCCGAUGGCGGAAUGAACUCUGUUCAACAAUAUAAACUCAGUCAUAAUGAUCAUUUCCGCAUAGAGGUUAAAGAUCGCGGAGAUGAUCGCAAAAUGCCCUUUUUAAUUCUUCAAAAGCCUUUGGAUAGAGAAACAAGCCGUAGACACAAGCUAGUCCUCACUGCGCUUGAUGGAGGGCGACCCCCAAAGUCUGGAACAAUGGAUAUAAUAGUUGACGUUUUGGACGUAAAUGACAAUAUGCCAGUUUUCACACAAGACGUUUACACUGUAAUGCUUCAAGAAAAUGUCCCCGUGGGCACAACUGUUAUACAGGUUAAUGCUACUGACAUGGAUGAUGGUCCAAAUGGAGAAGUUUUUUAUUCGUUUGGUAAGGAUAUAGACAGUAGGUUAAUGAAUCUUUUUGAUUUAAACUCCAGGACUGGAGAAAUGACUGUAAUCGGUCAAAUAGAUUUUGAAGAGAUUAAUAACAUUGAAAUAGAUAUCCAAGCAUCAGACAAAGGGAGUGCUCCUCUCACAUCACAUAAGAGUAUAACCAUUAAAGUCAUUGAUGUAAAUGACAAUGUGCCUGAGAUAGAAGUCACAUCAUUUUCAAGUGCAGUGCCUGAAGACUCUAAAAUUGGAACUACAGUGGCUUUAAUCAGCGUCAGUGAUUUGGACUCUGGUGUAAAUGGGAAAGUGUUGUGUUACAUAACUGAAGAAGUACCUUUCAGGCUAACGCCAUCAUCCCAGGAUAACAUUUACGCACUGGUUACAGCCUCAUCUCUUGAUAGAGAAACUGUGCCUCACUAUGACAUCACAUUAGUAGCCAAAGAUGCUGGGCAGCCACCUUUGUCUUCAUUUAAAACUAUAACUGUGCAGAUAUCGGAUGUAAAUGACAAUAGUCCAGCAUUUUCACUAUCACCCUAUGAUUUUUAUGUGAUGGAAAACAAUAUUCCAGGAAAAUAUUUGUUUUCUGUGUUUGCUUCUGAUUGUGACUCAGAUGAAAAUGCUGUUGUACACUAUAACAUUUGGAGAGACCCUGGAGAUGAAAACAAAUAUGCAUCUUUCAUUAAUGUUAACUCUGAAAAUGGGGAGAUUUAUGCACUAAAGAGUUUUGACUUUGAGUCUGUUAAAAUGUUCCAGUUCCAUGUUCUCGCUACAGACUCUGGAACUCCGUCUCUGAGCAGUAACGUGACUGUGAACGUGUUUAUUCUGGAUCAGAACGACAAUGUUCCAGUGAUCUUAUAUCCAGUCAGCGCUAACGGUUCUGCUGAGGGUGUGGAAGAGAUUCCCCGUAAUGUGAACGCAGGUCAUUUGGUGACUAAAAUCAGAGGCUAUGAUGCAGAUAUAGGAUACAAUGGCUGGUUAUUAUUUUCACUGCAGGAAGUUAGUGACCACAGUCUCUUUGGUUUGGACCGCUACACAGGACAGAUAAGGACCCUCCGCUCGUUCACAGAAACAGACGAGGCCCAGCAUAAACUGAUCAUACUGGUCAAAGACAAUGGAAACAUUUCUCUCUCAGCAACAGCGACUGUGAUUGUCAAAGUUGUGGAGCCCAAAGAGGCUUUUGCAUCUUCUGAUGAGAAAAAUGCAGUAAAAGACGAGGAGGAAAACAACAUGACAUUUUAUUUGAUCAUCACUUUGGGCUCGGUUUCAGUGCUUUUUGUCAUCAGCAUCAUCGUUUUGAUUGUAAUGCAGUGCUCUAAAUCGACAGACUAUUCGUCCAAGUAUUUACAGGAUACAAAUUACGACGGGACUCUGUGUCACAGCAUCCAGUACAGAUCUGGAGACAAACGGUACAUGUUAGUUGGACCCAGAAUGAGUAUCGGCUCUACUAUAGUCCCGGGAAGUAAUAGGAACACUCUGGUGAUACCAGAUCGCAGGCGAGAUUCUGGGGAGGUAAGAAAUUUAAGUUAUGCGGCAGCAGGUCAGGCUGGUGUGUGUCUGCACACUAUGGAGGUGUUACAGGUAUACCAAGCCAACCUGCUAAAAGAGCUGGAUGAGGAAGAUGAGAUCAAGUCCAAAGACAUUACUGAAUUAAGGCGGACCGCUGAUCUCUCCCUCUGUGCCAAGAGAAGGCUCGCACCAUCGGGUGGUCAAUGGCAGCCAUGGAGUCAACUCAGUCAUCGACAGGUACCAGGGGGCGUGCAAGCAAGUGGCGGCAUUCCAAAAGUUCCUCCCUCAUUGUUCUCAUGGGGCAUCUGGGCGGGAGAUGCCCCUCCACAUACCAGCUCCUCAUACCGAGAGGCUCAAAUACAGAGCGUCGCAUCUGGGCUGGGGACUUUUAAGCCCAAAUUAGAUCUUAGGGCAUUUAUUGAAACUAAUAAGUCAUUGGCCAAGAACUCUCUACAUGAGGGGAUCAGCACUUCAGAGGGUGGCCCCUACUGGAGUAGAGCGGGGUACGGUGCAUCACACAGCCCUAUCUCACUCCAGUGUCCUUGGGAAGUCGGUCUUCCAACCCUGCCAGAGCUCCAGGGCACACUUCCAGCAAGCACUGCUCUCAGUUUCGUCUGCCCACGAGCGUAG